AUGGUGAAUGCUCUUAUCAAGUCGCUCAAAACUCAGGCACCACCCAAACAAAUUCAUCGACCGGCUAUCAACCUUCGGUCGACCCUCCUGGAACUACGCCGAAUUGACAUAGACAGCCCUUCCACUCCUAUUGUUCACCUCCAAAAGAAGCUCUCUUUUCUCCUUGGUAUGACUGCCUUUUUACAUCCUUCUGAGUUCCACAGGACUGACUUUUCUACUGCUGCUAUCAAAACGGACUCCGGUCGACAUUUUCUCUUCCUUCAAGUUAUUGCACCAAAAGAAAAACAUGGAGGCCAGCGCAUCGUCAAGCCUUUUCAGGUGUACAGUCAUUACGUCCGUGAGUUAUGUCCCGUGGCCACGUUCAAGUCCUUACAGUAUCGUCUGUACCUUUUGGUACCUCCUCCCAGGGUCUCUUCUUUCUUUGUUAACACCAACGACACGACGCAGAUGGUGACCAUCACCAUCAAUACCUGGUUACGCCGCUUGCUGCGAUUUUCUUCCGAUGAACCACGUAUUAAUUUACGGUCUUUAUCCUCCUCAGCUGCGCUCCAUGCUGAUGUAGAUAUCAACGACAUAAUCACUCUGGGUAAUUGGUCCUUCUCAGCCGUUUUUGAGCAACACUAUCGCCGUGAGCAGCUGUCCCUCGUAGACUUCACCAGCUCAGUUCUACCAGUUCCUGCCGAUGACAACGUAUUUCAUGAUGCUGAGUCUAGUUUCGACUAAAUCUAUCUCUGAAGAAGCAUAUAUGUUAUUUUUCUUUGUAUUUAUUCGACGGCCUCAGGUAAUUCUAGAGAGAAU